AUGGAUGAAGGCCAGACCUUUUGGACUCUGAGAAUUCAUCCUAAUUCAAUAAAAACGCCAAUCAUUAAUUCACUACACGUACAAGAUCGUUUGUCACCAAGUAAAAAACUCUCAGGAAUUCAGCGGAACUCUCCUGCACGACUGCAUACAGCCAUUGAUUGCGCGGCGCGACAAUACCGCACGAAUGUCCGGCAAUCGCAUUUCAUUAACCCGAAUCUUUCUUGUUUUUCCCUUGUGCAGUGCCAGGUAACUGUGGAUUUCGAUCGUUCCGCACGGAACAUUUUGCAACAAGUUUCUUUCCCGCUAUCGCACUCAAUAAAGACGGGACAUGCAAAUCGGCAUGGAUCAUGGAUGCCAAGCAUGUAUGGGGCGGUACACGCUCUUUUCUCUCAUAUUGCAGGUAUUGCUUGGUUUACUGCGACCAUGUCCGGGAGAGGUCUAAGCCAGGAACAGGAUGGACAGCGAAGUCGAUCACGGAAUGACAGAGUUCAGACCUCAGGCCCAGGUCCCGACGAACAGCACAGCCAUCCUCUCUGUGUCCCUGCCGCCGGAAAUGACCUUUUAGUCACGUGCGCUACGUCGGUAACUUGGAAUCUCCGGGCCCCGCAUUCGGAAGUUUCUUUCAGCGCAAGUUGCGCAGUACCAAUCCAAGAAUAUGCUGGCAUGUAG